CUUCUGCCUUGUCCGCGCCCUUCACCUCGACCCUCUUUAUUCCCUUUUCGCUCGAAUCGCCGGCCCCAUUUCGCGCAUCUGUCGUUCGAACGACUCGAAACCGCCUCAUCGACGAACAUAGACUUUUUUUGCGCAUCUCCUUCAUAUCAUUGUACAUAAUGUCUACGAGGGACCUUUUCGACACAAUCGCCGACGUAGGCAGCGACGAGGAGGAAGAUGAAGACUUCGACGGUGGGGGCGGUGACGUACGGCCCAAGAAAUCAAAUGGCGCCAACGGAAUCGAGGACUCCAGUGAAGAAGAAGAUGAGGACGAUGAAGAACAGCUGGCAAAGGAAGGCGCUGGCUUCAUCGCCGACGAAGACGAGGACGAGGAUGAGGUCGAAGCACGGAAAGAACGCCGUCGCAGGAAGAAGCGCAAGAACCGCGAAGCCGAAGAAGAUCUUGACGAAGACGACCUCGACCUGAUUGGUAUCGAGCGACCUGAGCGGGAAGAUGACACAGCGCCCAAGUACAAGCGCCUCAAGCGUGGUCAUAAAGAAAAGCGCAAAUCCCGCGGCAUCGAUGACAUCUUCUCAGAUGAAGAAGCUGUCGACGACAUUGACGAGCCUCGAAGGAUCGGUGGAGAGUUUGACGAUUUCAUCGAAGAAGACCAGUUCGAGGACGAGAUUGAAGACGACCGCGACGUCACACAACCGGGAAUCAACCUCAUCACGCAAGGCCUGCAGGCCGCUGGACUGGACGAGGGUGCCGAAGAAGACUACAGAGCAGCUUUCGGCGAUGGCACCGACUACGACUGGGCCUUGGACAUGCAGGAAGCGGAAGAAGAGGAACAGGCUGGUGAAGGCCGCGAGCUCCAGCUCAAGGACGUUUUUGAGCCUUCCCAGCUGCAGGAGCGCAUGCUGACGGAUGAGGAUAACAUCAUUCGCGAGACAGAUGUCCCCGAGCGUCUGCAACUGGCACGCAAACCGUUCAAGGAGCUCGAGCUGACACCUGAGGCCAUGCAACAGCGGUUGGAAGAGGAGGCACUGUGGAUCUCAAAGCUGCUCUGGCCGAAGAAGGGCCUCCCGAACUACUUUCAGACACCUUUCCAGAAUGCUGUGCGCAAGGUCCUCGAGUUUAUAAAUGUCGAGGACUACGAAGUGCCUUUCAUCUUCAACCACCGCAAGGACUACCUCAUCCACGCACCUGGCGACAACGACGAUCAAGAUGACUUCGGUGCGCCGCCUCCCGAUGCUCGGCCAGAGCGUCUCCUCAACCAGAGCGACUUGUGGGAGGUCUUCGAUCUUGAUUUGAAGUUCAGGGCCUUCGCCGAGAAGCGAGACUCUCUGCGCCAAAUCUACGACAACGUGAGAGCUGUGCAACCGGAGAUCGUUGACGGCGAACUUGAGGACCUGAUGGACAAGGCCGUCACCAUUGAAGAGAUCCAGGAGUUGCAGGAUUAUCUGCACUACCAGUACUCGGCGGAGAUCAACGAGAUACGAAACGAGUCCAACGGAACCCAAAAGCGUGCCAACAACGCGCGCAACUUUUUUGACAAGCUCCGAAGCGGAAAAGCGCACCUGUUCGUCAAGGCCAUCGGUAUCAGCGCAGAGGACUUUGCCAAGAAGGCCGAAGGGUCAAGUAGAGGGCCUCAGGUCAUCGAAGAUCCCCCAUACAGGGUGAUGGAGCUUGCUGAUCAGAUGGCCGAGCCUCCCGAGAGUGCACACUCGCUGCUCAAAUCAGCUAAGUUGCUCUUCAUCCAGGACUUGCAACAAAGUUCCCGGCUCCGCAGGUUCUUGCGAGGAAGCUUCUAUCAAAACGCUCUGAUCGACUGCAUCAGGACAGACAAGGGUAUGCGCAAGAUCAACGAAGAUCACCCGUACUACGAGUUCAAGUAUUUGCGCGGACAGACCUUCCUCGAUCUGAACGGCAGACCUGAUCUGUUCUUGAAGAUGCUGAAAGCAGAGCAGGAAGGUCUCGUACAUGUCCGCAUAUCAAUGGGUAACUACGAGAGCUUCAGAUCGAGGCUGCAUGACAAAAUCGUCUCCGACAACGUCAGCGAAGUGUCCGAGACGUGGAACCACCUUCGAAAGGAACUGCUCGACUCGGCCUUGGAGAAACUACAGACCAUAAUCGCCAACGGUGUUAAGGAGACUCUGCGAGCUCGGUGCGAGGACGAACUUGCCAGCCGAGCCAGGGAGAACUACUACAACAAGUUGGAUCAAGCGCCAUUCAAGCUUAAGAACGCCGUUCUUGGUUCAGUUCCCAACGUAUUGUGUCUUUCGAAUGGAAAGGGUGAACGCGGCACUGCAACUCUCUGGGCAUAUAUCGAGAAUGACGGUCGAGUGAUGGAGCACGGCAAGCUUGUGGACAUGAGGCUUGGCAACCAGGAGCGUGGCAUCCCCGACGGUGCAGACAUUGUCAAGCUUGUUGAUGCCAUUCAACGUAGGCGCCCAGAUGUGAUCGGUGUCAGCGGUUGGUCUGUUGAGACUCGAAGGCUCUACAAGGACGUUCAGGACAUCAUCGCCCAACACGGUCUCACCGGCCCCAGCUACGAAGACGAACAGACUGGCCAGGACAGGAGUGACCCUCUGGAAGUAGUCCUAGUCAACGACGAGGUCGCCCGCCUCUAUCACAACAGUGGCCGUGCUGCUGCUGAGUUCCCCAAGCUUGCACCGCUCACCAGAUACUGCGUUGCCCUCGGAAGGUACCUGCAGAAUCCACUUGCCGAGUAUGCUUCGCUUGGCAAGGACAUUGUCUCGAUACCAUUUGUCAAGGACCAGACACUCAUUCCUCAGGAUAAGCUCAUGGACCGCCUCGAGACCGCCAUGGUAGACAUGGUAAACCUUGUCGGUAUCGAUCUCCCUGAAACGUACGACGAGAAGUACCUGUCGAAGCUUCUGCCGUAUGUCUGUGGUCUAGGGCCUCGAAAGGCGGACAGGAUGAUCAAGGCCAUCCAGGCGAACGGAGACGAGAUCCUUGCACGCUUCGAUUUGAUUGGUGUAUCAGAGACAAGUGGUCGAGACCUCAAGGCAGCUAUGGGCCCCAAGGUCUUCCAGAAUUGUGCCAGUUUCCUGUACAUCCCAUACGACUCCACAGAAGAAGCCUCUGACUACCUGGACUACACUCGCGUCCAUCCCGAGGAUUACGAUCUCGCCCGGAAGAUGGUCGCUGAUGCACUCAACAUGGACGAGGAAGACGUCAAAGCUGAAGUCGACGAUGGUGGUCCUAGUGCGGUCAUCCGGAAGAUGGUUAGGGAAGACACAACGGAUCUAGUCAACGAUUUGGCCCUCGAGGACUAUGCGGCAGAGAUCGAGAAGAACUUCGGUCAAAGGAAACGCGCCACCCUCGAGACUAUCCGCGCUGAAUUGGAGAAUCCCUAUGAGGAAAUCAGGCAGAUCUUUGCCCUGAUGACCGGUGAGGAAGUCUUCACUAUGCUCACUGGUGAAACCAAGGAGUCUUUGUACGAGGGUAUGGUUGUCCCAGUACAAAUCAAGCGCACCUUCCCAGAUCACAUCGAGGUCAGGCUCGAGAACGGCAUCGAAGGCGGUGUAUCCGAGUCCGAAUUUCCCGAGGGCAUUGGCAACGGUGGACAAGAGCCCCGUCACGUCUACCAGACACAUCAGACUGUCCGCGCACGUAUCGUAUACCUGAGCCGCAAGGGCCUCACUGCACAGCUUUCGUUACGAGAAGACCUCAUCCGACAGCCGGUACCGAAGGCCUUUGACCGUAUUGCUGGCGAGUGGGACGAUGCACAAGAGCGCGCUGACAAGCAAGCUGCCGAGAAGGAGAAGGAAGUGGCAUCUGGUCGACCCAAUCGAGUCAUCAAUCAUCCCCUGUUUUUCAGUAUGAACGCCGCUGCAGCUGAAGAGUACCUGGGUAGCAAAGAGCCUGGAGAGUUGGUCAUUCGUCCGUCAUCGAAGGGUUUCGAUCAUCUGGUCGUCACAUGGAAGGUCUCCAACAGCGCCUACCAGCAUCUCGACGUGCUCGAGCUGGGCAAGGAGAGCGAAUACUCUCUCGGCAAACAGCUCAGGGUGGGCAAGGCAACAUACACCGAUCUCGACGAGUUAAUCGUGAACCACGUCGAGGCAAUGGCACGCAAGGUGGCCGAGCUGACACGAGACGAGCGUUUCCAGUCAGGCACGAAGGAAGAUACAGAACUUUGGCUCGAGAAUUACUGCAAAGCCAACCCCAGCCGCUCCAUGUACGCCUUCUGCAGCAUGCCUAAGCACCCCGGCUACUUCUGGAUCUGCUUCCAGAUGGGCGAGAACAAGCCCAAGGGCGCGUGGGUCAUCAAGGUCGUCCCUAACGCGUUCGAGUUGCAGAAGAACGCCUACCCGGAUAUGGUGGCGCUGAAGAAUGGGUUUAAGUUGUUGAUUCAGAGCGGUGCGGGUGCGCGUGGUGUGGCUAGGCGGUAGGACGCUGAUGGUCGCAGGCUUGAGAGAGUAGACUCGGGGCUGAAGCUGCGAUUGUAAUCAUAUUUCAUCACAUUUGUUUGCGCAGGGGUUGAACGAGAGGAGGGGGUGAAGGAAGAUACUCACAUCAUUGGCAUCCGGCGCAAUUUGUAGCUUUGCUCCUCGUUUCGAGCAUCAAAAUCUUCACAUUAGCCUGGAUACCUCAAAUCGAAAAGUUCAAAUAUGGCAGAUCACAAUAUCGACUUCAGUUGGUAUUGAUGUUGUUGCUAUCUCUUCGGGC